CAUGAACGUCUCCUUCUUCGAUGUGACCCAGGGCGCACUGUUUAACGGGAGUCAGACCCUCGCCGGGACUCUGGCGACUUACUCCGGCAAUGGCACCGACAACGUGGUGACCGGCGAUGGCGGAGGCUCCCUAGUGCUGCUGCAAGACGAGCGCAAACUAUUUGUCAUGCGUGUGGUGCAGAUCGCGGUGCUGUGCGUGCUGUCGCUCACCGUCGUAUUCGGUAUAUUUUUCCUCGGGUGCAACCUGAUGAUCAAAUCGGAGAGCAUGAUCAACUUCCUGGUGAAGGAACGGAGACCCUCCAAAGACGUGGAGACGGUCAUGAUCGGGCUCAGCUAGAAUAGGGGGAAGCAGGUACAGUGGAGAACUGGAGCGGAGAUCCGGUAUGAGGAUCUGGUGCGCAUUUCCAGCCGCAGGUCAAGACCUGCACCUGCAUGUACUUUAAAAGACGCUCUCUCUCUCUCUCUGUGUCCUAGUGAGGAAAGAUAUGCAAAAACUUCACAUUUCCUUCCGCAAAUGACCACAGGAAAGUAGUCCAGCGACCAAUGUUUGUGCGUAAAGUUUGUGCCUAAGCAGGCAAUUGUUUACACGUGGGCCGAUCUGUUGAAUCUAUUGAGUGAAUUUCAAUAUUGCCAACUCGAACAAAGUGACGAAAAUGUUUACAAGCGGUUACCUCAAAUUUGUGUAUUCUUUUUUCUUCCUUUUUGUAAAUUUGAAAUGAUCGUUAAUGAAUGUUUUUAAAACUGUCAAAAGCAUGAUUGUGGGUCUGCCAGUGUACUCCGUGGACUUGAUGGAUAUGUGGGUAUUCUCUAUACAAAGUAUUUUUCUUGGUCUCGUUUUGUAAAUACUCUUAAGUACUGAAAACUUGCACGUUUUUCAACAGAUUCCGUCACAGCUUUAUGGGGUGGUUCUGGUCCUGUUUGGCAUGCUCGCUAAUUGAUCUGUAAAGUGAUUUUUGGACCCGUUUUGCACUUUUGAAACCACUGAUGCUGCAUGAAUUAUUUUGUACCAAAAAAACUUUGAACUUGAAACUGCAGCAUGCAAUUAAAACACUGAAACGAC